AUGUCGGCGGUGCCGCAAAGCGCUGCCGUCGCCGACGGGGCAUCUCCCACCGCAGCUGCUGUAAAACAGUACCUCUCCCCUCGCUGCCAGCCAAGGUGGCAGGCUGUUACCAAGGCAAUAGGUAGGAUUGUUAUUAGGGCACUAAGCGAAGAAAACAUUGCUGGAACUGUUACUGAGGUAAGGGCGGGGUGUGGCACCCCUGUGCUAAAUCCCUCCCCACUUCAUCCUCCCCACCCCGGGCAGGUUAACUCAUGGAGCGGGUCCAUUGAGAUCGGGGUGACGGCGCUGGACCCGGCGCACCUGGACUUCCCCAGCAGUGCCACGGGCCUGAAGGGCGGCUCGUGGAUUGUGUCAGGCUGCUCGGUGCUGCGGGACGGGCGCUCCAUCCUGGAGGAAUACGGCCAGGACCUGGACCAGCUGGGUGAGGGUGACUGUGUGGGCGUGCAGCGGACUGCCACUGGUGAGCUGCGCCUCUGGGUCAAUGGCACCGACUGUGGCGUGGCCGCCACCGGCCUCCCCCCUCGUGUCUGGGCCGUGGUCGACCUCUACGGCAAGUGCACCCAGAUCACCGUCGUGCCCCCCGAACCGCCGGGGGCGGAGGGCACUGAGGAGGAGGGGGAGGAAGUUCUGUCCCUGCCCUGCAACCAGAGCCGUCCGGACAAGUUUCCCAACAGCCUGGACUCGGAGAACAGCUUUUCUGGGCUGGAGCUGUCGGAGGCAGUGAGCUCAGCCAUCCUCUCGGCCUAUGACAGCAGCUUGCUGAACGUGAGCUUGGGCAGCCCCCCGGGGCCAGGGGGCGUCGGGGGGCCAGGGGGGGCCCCCUCCAAUGACGCGCUGCUCUUCCACGAGAAGUGUGGCUCUCUUAUCAAGCUGAGCAAUGGGCACAAGACGGCCGAGCGGCGCCGCCCUCUUGAUGAGUUCAACAAUGGUGUCGUCAUCACCAACCGACCACUGCGUGACGCUGAGAUGUUUGAGGUGCUGGGGGGCUGUGGGCAGGGGAACUGUGGACCAGGAUUGAGGGGUGCCAGCAGGGUUGAGGCACCCCAUACCCUCCCAGGAACCAUCAUGAUGAGUGGCUGCGGGAUCCUGACCAAUGGGAAAGGGACACGCCGUGAAUACUGCGAAUUCAGCCUGGAUGAGCUGCAGGAAGGUGACCACAUUGGCCUGACCCGGAAGGCAAACAAUGCCCUGCACUUCUACAUCAACGGCAUUGACCAAGGCGUGGCAACAACGCUAACACCGCCGGUGGUGUAUGGUGUGGUGGACCUGUACGGCAUGGCGGUGAAGGUGACCAUCGUGCACAACCACAACCACAGUGAUCGCCUGCGGCGCAACAACGCCAUCCUACGCGCCCUGUCCCCUGAGGCCGGGCGCCGGCCCCCCGCCCCUGAGCCCCAGCCCCAACCUGAGCGCCUGCUCUUCCACCCCAACUGUGGCCAGAAGGCCGCCAUCACCAAUGAGGGCCGCACUGCGCUGCGCCCUCACGCCACAGACGACUUCAACCACGGGGUGGUGCUGAGCAGCCGCCCACUGCGCACCGGGGAGGUUUUCCAGGUCCGCAUCGACAAGAUGGUGGACAAGUGGGCUGGCUCCAUUGAGAUCGGCGUCACCACCCACAACCCCACCUACCUGCAGCUUCCCUCCACCAUGACCAAUCUGCGCUCUGGCACCUGGAUGAUGACGGGCAAUGGGGUGAUGCACAACGGAACGACUAUCCUGGACGAGUACGGUCACAACCUGGACAGGCUUAAGGUGCGGCUGAGGCUGCUGGGGCUGGGGGAGAGGUGUAGAUGCAGAGCUGGCUGCAUCUUGCCUCUGGGCAGCACGGUUUGUUGUAUGCAGCUGGAACCCACCCCAGAGGCGGUCACGUCUCGGCAUUGGGCAGGGGAUCCCUGGUUUCAGGCCAGGCUCUGGGGUGGGUGGGGGGUCCUGGUGCUGGCAGGGGUCUCAUUUCCCCCUCCCCUCCCCUCCCCUCCCCUCCCCUCCAACAGAUCAGAUGUGUGUGUGAGGGAGGUCUUAGGGCUGUUGCAGGGGAGGACUUGGGGGUCCCAGGAGAUGUGCCGGGGAGGGGUUGGGGCCAGGGGAUCAGUGGGAGGAGCUGACCCCCUCUCCCCCCCAGAGAUGCUGCCACUGGUGGAGGAACUGGUGGAGGGAGGGGCUGCGCUGUCCCCAGGCAGCCCGUCGCCAGGGGCGUCGGGCAGUGACCUGCGCUUCCACCACCUGCAUGGCAGCAAUGCCGUCAUCACCAAUGGCGGACGCACAGCACUGCGCCACAACUGCCGCAGCGAGUUCAACGAUGCCAUCGUCAUCUCCAACCGGUCUCUGCGGGACGGGGAGCUCUUUGAGAUUGUCAUCCAGAAGAUGGUGGAUCGGUGGUCAGGCUCCAUCGAGGCAGGCGUCACAGCCAUUCGGCCCGAGGACCUGGAGUUCCCCAACACCAUGACCGACAUUGACUACGACACCUGGAUGCUGAGUGGGACAGCCAUCAUGCAGGAUGGCAACACAAUGCGCAACAACUAUGGCUGUGACCUGGACUCGCUGGGUGCCGGCGCCCGUAUUGGCAUGAUGCGCAGUGCCAAGGGUGAUCUGCGCUACUUCAUCAAUGGCGUGGACCAAGGCAUUGCCUGCUCUGGGCUGCCCCCAGGCAAGGAGGUGUUUGCUGUGGUGGAUCUCUAUGGGCAGUGCGUGCAGGUGUCCAUCACAGGGGCCACAGGGCCUGUGGACAACAGCCUGUCCACCAGCAACGCCACGGAGAAGUCCUUCCCCCUCCACUCUCCAGUGCCUGGUGUGGCCCACCGCUUCCAUGGCAGCUGUGGGAAGAACGUGGCCUUCCAGGAUGACGGGUGUCGGGCAGCACGGGUGGCCGGCUACUGCCACGGCAUCGUCUUCAGCAUGAAGGAGCUCAAGGUCGAGGAGGUCUUUGAGGUGAAGAUCGAGGCAGUGGACGAGAAGUGGGCCGGCUCGUUCCACGUGGGGCUGACCACACUGCUGCCAGGGGAGGCACCGCUUUCGCCAGCCGGGCUGCCCGCUUCCGUGCUGGAGCUUCCAGCCAAGGCCACGUGGCUGGUGGCAGGCGCCGAGGUGCGGCGCAAUGGGGUUCUGCAGCGUCAGAACUACGGCUGCUCCCUGGAGCGCCUUGCGGUGGGGAACCGUGUCGGGGUGAAGCGCUGCGCGGAUGACACCAUGCACAUCCUCAUCGAUGGCGAGGACGUGGGUGCUGCCGCCACUGGCGUGGCCAAGAAUGUGUACGUGGUGCUGGACCUGUAUGGGCGCGUCACGGCUGUCUCCAUUGUCAGCUCCACCGUCCUGGAGGAGCCUGAUGGCACUAAGCCGCCCUCAGUGACCUCAGAGCCCUACAGUGAAGAGGAAGAGGAGGAGGAGGAGCAGCCCACACCCUGCGAGAGUGAGGCCCCUCCAGCAACGGCAGCACCGGGCACCAUGGAGUUCCUGGAGAACCAUGGCAAAAACAUCCUGCUGUCCAACGGGAACCUGACAGCCACCCGCGUGGCCAGCUACAACCAGGGCAUUGUUGUCAUUGCCCAGCCUCUGCCCCCGGGUCAGCUGUUCCAGGUCCAGAUUGACUUCCUGAACCCUCAGUGGACCUCGUCGCUGUCCCUGGGCGUCAUGGGGCCCUGCCCCGAGCGCCUCAACUUCCCGGCCACAGCCUGCUCCCUCAAACGGUCUGCCUGGCUGCUGCAGCGCGACUCGGUCUUCCACAACUCCCUCAAGAUCUGUGAGAACUAUGGGCCUAACCUGGACACCUGCCCCGAGGGCACUGUGCUGGGGCUGCUGGUGGACGCCAAUGCUGGCCUCCACCUCUACGUCAAUGGCAUGGAUCAGGGGGUGGCAGCCCAUGACAUCCCCGCCCCCUGCUAUGUCCUCGUCGACCUCUACGGGCAGUGCGAGCAAGUCACCAUAGUCACCAACGAUGCCCUGGCAGUGGGGGGCGAGAGCACAGACCUCCAUGGGCAGGGGGACAUGGAGAAGGCCGACAUGGUAGAUGGCAUCAAGGAGAGCGUGUGCUGGACACCCCCUGUGGACGUGAGCACCACCAAGACCUGCGAGUACCAUGCACUAUGCACCCGCUUCAAGGACCUGCUGUUGCUGCCAGACGAUUACUUCACUGAGGACCCCAAGUUUAGCCUGUGCUACUGUGAAUCCUGUCACAGGCUUCGAGGGGAUGAGGCCUACUACAAACGUGGGGACCCUCCCCGUGACUACGCACUACCCUUUGGCUGGUGCCGCUUCAACCUCAGAGUAAACCCCCGCCUGGAGGUGGCCAGCACCUGCAAAAAGUGGCACAUGGCUUAUCAUGGGACGAGCGUCGGGGCUGUGCGGAGGAUGCUGGACCAAGGGGAGCUGGUGUCAGGGAGCACAUCCAUCCUGAGCUGCCAGCCCCCCAAGGCAGACCCCCAGGGUGGGGGGUGCUACCAUGAGGCAGAGGAGAACAGCAGCCAGGGCCGCGGGGAGCCUCAGCGUGUUGUGCUCUCACCCACCCUGCGCUACGCUGGCCUGGAGCCUUUUGCCACCAAAGUGCACUUCCGGGACCCUAAGUCACAGCGGCACCAGGUGGCACAGGUGGCAUUCCAGGUGUGGGUGCGCCCAGGCUCCUACAAGCCGGGCCCCCCCUCGGUGAGCGCCCCUGAGGCCCUGGACCCCCGCUUCGGGCCCACUGACAUCGAGUGGGUUACCAAGGAGAAGGGGGCCACUGUCCUCUGUGGCCUGCUGGUCCAUGUGGAGUGACCCCUGUAUUGGGGGGGGCACGCACCCCCCCCUUGCCCUGCCACGCAGGGGGGGGUUCGCAGAGCACAAGAAUUUUAGGGGGCUCAGCUGUGGCCCCAGAUGUGGACGAGACAGCCAGACAUUACAGCCUCAAUUGCCCCCUACCCCCAACUCUGGGGGGGGGGCACCAGGAGCAUGCUGGGAAAUGAUGGGGGUCUUGCUGGAUGUUCACCACCUCCAGACGUUGGGAGUCACUUGACUGGGGGGGGUCUUGAUGGAUCUUCAGUCCCCCAGACUUGGGGGGGUCAUCUGAUUGGGGGAUGGACAUGGUUCUUGCCCUGCCAGGACUUUGGAGGUCAUGUGAUUGGAGGGGGCUGGAGAUUCAUGUGGACCCCCCAGACUUUUGGGGUCACCAAAAUUUGGGGGGGGCUGGAGAUUGCUCGCCUGACUCUGGCGGGGGGGUAUCUUGAUGGAUGCUCACUCCCCCUGCUCUUUGGGGCCCACAUGACUCUGGGGGGGGCUUUGACAAGUAGGGUGCUACUGGGGGGCUACUGAUCAUUCCCAAGCCCUGGGGGGGGUUAUAUGAGGUGUUUCCAGCCCCCCCCCCCC